ACCCCAUAUAACCCCCACCCUGCUAUAGGUUUGGAGACGCAAAUGCGGCUGAAAUGAGAUGUUGAGGACUGUGUGGAAACCCAAUAACGCUGCUCCAAUGAAGUCUGUCACUGCUAUUUCCUCCAUUCCUUCUCUGAACAAAGCUUUCCGAACUCUUUUCACUCUCCGCUCCGCCACAACAAAUCCUACUGCUCUCCACCUUCUCCCAGGCCUAACCCUACAGAGCUCUCCGCUAUGCCGUCGGCCGAUUACUCUCACUUUCUCAGUUAUUCUCCGUCGCCAAUCGCAUUCUGUUGUGAACCACGGCUUUAUUUCCUCUCGUAAGAAGCCUAACUUCACCGUCGCCAAAUGCCUCUCUUCUAUAUCCUCAUCGGCGCACACUGUGGACUGGAACGAUGCCGUUUCGUGCUCGGAGAUUGGGCUGAGUGAAGCUGAAGAAUUGGCUUUGGAGCAGGAAGAGGAUGAUGAUGCUAGUGCUACUGCUAUUAAGCCAUAUAUCCCCGUUAGGGCUUUCUUUUUCUCUACUAGUGUGGAUUUGAGGGGCUUAGUGGAAAAGAACAAGCAGAAUUUUAUUCCACCCACGUCUCGAAUGACCAAUUAUGUUGUUUUAAGAUUUGGGGACACCAAGAAGGCACCUAGUGUGAGUGUCUCUUUUUGUGUAUCUUCUGCCUUCGUGUUUGAAUAGUUUCAUGGAGUAUAU